CCGGCCGAGCGCCUCGGGGUGGUGGGUUCUCCCCGCCUCACUGAGGAGGUGGGGUAGAAAGGGUGUCUGCGUGUCCUGGACCAGCUCCGUUUCCUUCCGGGUUGCGGCCCACAGCCGCCUUCACCUCCUCCUUCCGUGCCGUGGGCCAUGGGGAUGGCUGCUGACGGGAUCGCCCAAGAGGGGGCAGCGGCGGCGACUUCGCUGGACCCCGGACGCGGGCUCUCCCUGCCUCAGGGGAGCGGGACCCCUGCGGAGUCUCAGGACAAGCUCUUCCUAAUCAAAGGUGGAAUUUUUCUAGGCACUGUUGCUACAGCAGGAAUGAUAGCAGGUUUUGGCACCACACUUGCCAUGGCCAAAAAGAAGAACCCAGACUGGUUCAGUAAGGGAAUUACUGCCACAGCUGCAUUACCAGAGAGUGGUUCAUCACUGGCCUUACGAGCCCUAGGAUGGGGCUCACUCUAUGCAUGGUGUGGAGUUGGAUUGCUCAGUUUUGCCAUCUGGAAGGCUCUGGGUGUGCACAGUAUGAGAGAAUUCCAAAUGAAAAUGCAGUCAUUGUUUCCAGCAAUUCCUAAAAAUAGUGAGUCCACUGUUGAAUGGGAAGACUUACUUAAAUCCAAGUGAAAGACUCAGAGCCAUUUGGAGAAGUCUCUGCAAGAACAGGAGCAGAAGUAGAAAUGUCCCAUCGGAAAAACAGAGAAGAAAACGCAGACUGAUCAGGUUUCUGACUGCAUUUGCUGAACCUGGGGAUGACAGUUAACAUCUGUCAGCAACGGAAUUCAAACCAAAACAAAGCAAGAUAAUUUAUAUUUUACUUUAAAGCAUGUUUGGAAUAGUUGAUUUGUGAGAAAUGAGCCCUCUGAAAUGGAAGUUGGAUCCAGCUUGGAAAAAGACUCUCUUAUGAAGACUUAAAGAAGGAACAGAUUUUCAGUAGUGAAUACAAGGACAAAGCCCCAGUAACCUCUUAUCCCUGUGUUUUAAGAGGAAUCUUAGGAAAUGUCUCUGAGAAACAAAGAAAUAGUACUUUCAGUGAUGUUCACAUAUUCCAUUAGCUAUUGAGUCAAUUACAGAAGAUCUGUCACUGAGCCUGAUGGUAAAGCAUACAGUGCACCCUUCUGAAACUAAAGGAGAUAUUUACAUUUUCAACAAAGUAUCUAAACCAAGCCAUUUUUGUAUAUGUGAAGGGCCAAGUUUAAAACAUCCAAUAUGUAAGUACUGACCUGCUGAG